CAUCGGAGGGCCAGUUGGGGUGGGUGCAGCGGAGGGUCGGUGAGGAUUUUGUGCUCAUGGUGAGGUAAGGCGUGAUGAUGGCCAUGACGCGGGAUCUCGGUGACCAGCAUUUUUCCGAGUUUAAAGAAGCAUUUUCCAUAUUCGACAAAGAUGGCGACGGUACUGUAACAUGCGAAGAGCUGGCUGUGGUUCUGAGGUCGAUUGGACUCAACCCAUCAAAGAAGGAGCUGCAGGGACUGAUUAAAGAGGCAGACGUAGAUGGUAACAAUACAAUAGAACUGAACGAAUUUCUUGCCUUGAUGGCAAAGAAGAUGGUGAGGCAAGAGUCCGGUGCUGGACGAAAUGAUGACGUCAUGAUGACGGAGGAGGAGAUUGACAAGACCUUUAAAGUGUUCGACAGAAACGGAAACGGUUUCAUUUGUGCCGAAGAAAUUCGUCAAGUGGGCGCCCUCUAUGGGGAGACCUUCUCAGACGAUGACGUCAGUCAGAUGAUUAAAGAGGCGGAUCAUGAUGGGGAUGGGCGUGUAUCUUAUGAAGACUUCGUAAAGAUGAUGACGUCGGAGUAAAACUGACGAGUGGACCAAGCAUCAAUCCCUGCGGAACCACGGAAAGAAUAAGAGCCCAGCCGUGUCUAAACUGAAUGAUGUUUACCUUCAGGGAGAAACAUUACGAUGGAAGCUUGUAUACACUUCGCUUCUACGUCGGUUUAAAGGCAGUGGACACUAUUGGUAAUUACUCAAAAUAAUUAUUAGCAUAAAACCAUACUUGGUGACGACGA